CACAACAGCACAGUUCGCUCACACUCAGAACGAUUCUACUCAUCUUGUGAAUCGGAUGUGCUUGGAGUGGUUCUUGAGUAAUUGGGGAGUUGUUUUUUGUUGUAUUCUUACUGGAACGUUUACUACGCUUGGAGCUGCAGUGAUAAGAAAGCAUCCAAAUACAGAACAAGUGAAAUUUAGUGCAUGUUUUUGUUUUGAAAGCAUCGCAGUUUUAUUUUUAUUUUUUUUGCGAAGAGCUGAUAGUAACAUUUAAUGAGUUGAUAGUGGAAUUCGUCGAAUCGAAAGCAAUUACAAAGUAUAUCUAGUAAAAUAGCUGAAAUUAUGGAGCCGAUUCAGUUAACCGAGGUGGAGAAAGCGGCAAAAAUACUCUUUACAAAACUGAUAACGGAAGGCAACCGGAUACCUUGCGACAGUGGCAGCGGGGCAGAUAUUGAGCUCAAACUUCCACAGUGGUACGAUGAAGCAAAGUUUAAAAGGGGCCAGAAAUACUUCUUCGAUAACCGUUUCGGCAUGAUGCAGUCAAACUUUGUCGGACUCAUCACACUGCUCGCCGAACCAAAGGGAUUGACGAUUUUGCACAAUACCGGGCGAUCUAGUACUCCUGAAACGGCUCGGAAGCGUUACAUUUCCACCACGCUGCACAUGCUGUCGUGGUAUGAGAUUGAUCUUUCACCGGGAUCCAAAUCGUGGGCUUCGCUGAAUCGGGUUCGUAAAAUGCACAAGAACGCUUCAAAUCGAUCGGAGAAGAGCAAAACGGGGAUAAUUUCGCAAACGGAGAUCGCCUUGACCACGUUUGGAUUCAUGGGAUAUGCGUUGGUUCGUCCGCAUUUGCUUGGGAUUAAGUACGACAGUGAGGAGGAUCGAGAAGGGCUGGUUCAUUUUUGGGCCGUGAUUGGUUCGUUACUGGGCGUAAAGGAUGAAUACAAUAUCUGUCUACCAAAGCUGGCAGUGGUGGAGAUGAUUUGUCAAAUGUGCAUUCGAUAUCUUUUCAUACCUCUGCUUCAAUUCGAAUCAUCACUGUUCAAGCAAAUGGCAUCAGCUGUUGUCGAAGGUUUAGGAGAGUUUACGCCAUUCAACUCUUACGAUAGUUUGAUGUACUUUGUUCGGCGAGUCGCAGGGAUUCCAGGUUACCAGUUCAACGUAGAUAUGGAGAAAGAAAUUAUCUGUCGUCGAAUCUAUAGUUUGGGAGAGCUGAACGAUUUUAAAAAGCAAUUUACGGAUGUUGAAGGCUACGAGUACAUCGAAAAUGCUAUUUUUGACGAAAAGGUGAUGCUCUACAAUGUCGUUCAAGUAUCGGAUAUUACAGUAAACGAAGCCACACUUGCCAACGGAACCGUUACUGGGGUUUACAAUGAGCUAAACGAAGAUGGUAACAAAAAGAAAGAAGCUUUGGAAGAUUUGCUACAGCUCAAGCACAAUGAACAAUUGGUGAUAACUACGGUAGAAGAUGAGUCCGAAUGGAAAAGUUACCUCAACGACUCGAAGCUGAAACAGCUGUCCAGUAAGGAUUUGGGAUAUUUCAAGUUCAAAUGUAGAUUAUCCGAAAGCUGUUAUUCCAAAAUUGGAAAUUUUAUCAACGAAUCAGUGCUCAGUCUGAUGCUGUAUCGCAUGCGAAAGGCUCAUGUGUAGUUGCAAAAAAA